AUGUCGAUCCUUCUGAUCGUCGCAGUCAUUUGCAAUGCGCUGUCAGGGUUUGUGAGCUGCGACCACAUUUUGACGGUUAAAGAAAGGCCGGUCCAAGACGGAGGUGGCGUGACCUUCACAUUACUCCCCGACGCAAGUCUGUUGGAUGUCAGCGCCAUCUCGUCCGUCACCUUCUACUUCAACACAAACAGCGCCUUCAACAACACCCGCACCACCACAGAAAACCGGGGCUUCGGAUGGCUAACAGCAGGUGGAGAGUGGGUUUACACGGCCUUUUAUCUCCCUCCUAUGGCCGGCACCUGUCUCUAUUACUUGGCAGAGAUGAUGCAGCUUGGAUGGUCUUAUUUCACACGGACCAAAAACUACGAAUAUUGCAAUCCUCCCCAAUGCCCUGACUUCUUGGCCGGUUUGAGUCAAUCCAAUUGCAUCUCCUUUUUUCCGAACAUCAACUUUUACUAUGAACAUGCAAACCUCAUCAAGAAUUUUGAUCCACCCCUGGAUUCUGGUGAAAUGAUCGUCAUAGAUGCCGUUUUCGAUUUCAACGACGAGCUAUGCAUCUUUAUGGAGUUCGAGUCCGCGACAGCUACACCUCUGACCAACGGAUCCCAGCUCGAAUUAGUGAUUGAUAUGACCAUCGAUAUGUCCAUCAGAUUGUGCCUGGACAGCCUGUGCCCGUUAAACUCCUCGUACACCCUGAAACCCACGACGGUAGCCCAACAGACGAUCAAAAUAUACAAGACGCCCACCUUAAUCAUUUUCAAAAUGUUUGGGCAGAUUUUACAAUUUCCCUGCCUUAAUACCAGUCUCAUUAAUCGUUUAAUGCUGGGCAGAGGAUUACAAACAACCCGCAUUAAGUUCCCUCCACAAGGUAUCGUAGCCUCUUUGCACCAUGCAGUAUGAGCGUCGCAUAUCUGACCACAUUGUAGUGUGUGUUUACAGUUGUAGCGGUCAUUUGCUCUCAAUGUUUAAAAACCCAUGCAUUUCACAAGCAAGUCACAUGUCCGCCAUGUCGCUUACAAAUCUGCUCACCUCUAAAGCACGGACAAGCAUUGUCCUGUGUUUCAAGCUGUUUGUGCUUUAUAUUUGUCACCUGUUUGUGCAUGAUUGUGUAAAAUGUGAUUCUAAAUAGAUC